GUGAUCCAUGUGAUGGACAACACAGUACUCACAUUCGAUCCCCUGAGAUAUGAAGAAGUCACGACCAGUCCGCGUCGACAGCGCGGCCAACGGCCUGCGAUGGGCAAGAAACAGAAGAACAUAGAUUAUGCGUUUGAUCGUGUAUUCGACCAGAGCGCCACACAACAGGAG